UUGGCGUUCCCAGAACUCCUCUCCAUUGUGAACUAAAGGAACUCAGUGACCACCCCCUGCAUAUAUAUGCAGUACUUAAAGGCUUUGAGUAGUGGAGUUUCUUCCCUGCCUUAAGUUCUACCUGAAGUCCACAGCGUGGAUGUGGUGAUCCUUAUGUUCCUGCUGGUGCUAAACUCCUCCCCAGUCUCCAGAGUAAUAUGUUCCAGAGCUAUACACACUGUCUUCCUUGGUCUGGUGACCGCACCCAUAGAUUCUCUUACCUCACCAUGGCCAAGUCAUCUGGAGCAGUUGUGCAUCUGGAACAGGGCCAUGCCACCGUGGUCUGGCGCUACGGACAGCCUCCACGCCGGCCGAGCGACUCACGCUUUCUCCGGCCGUCUUCACGCGAGCACCAAAGUCUUGCAAGAAAAGGCGGGAAGCAAUCAUCCCAAUCUUCAGUUCCCGCUUCUUGCUGCCCAGAACCAAGACCUCCCGCUUCCUGUUGCCCACGUCGCCGGUCAGCCUGCUCGGCCACUCAUCCAGCAGAGCUGGAAGGCAUCUUCAUUUUCUCCCAUUCGCUUCAAGCCAUGGCCUUUAACUACUACCGAAGCACUUGGUGUGGGUCUGCUGCAGCUAAUAAGAACAAUGAAGAAAUUGAAGCAUGUGCUGUUUUGGUUGCAACAUUGAGGAAGAAGCGGCGUUGGGGAGGGUCUGUUGUUGGCCAUAAGAUGAAAAAUCGCGACCGUAUUGGUGGCGACAUUCAACUGAAUAAUGACUACUUUAUUGAGAGGUCGUUGUUCAACCCUGAGCAAUUCCGCAGAAGGUUCCGUAUGCAACAAUCCCUUUUCUUGGAGAUUGAAGAUAAAUUGGCAGCUGCAAAUAAGUUCUUUAGACAAAAAAGAAAUGCAGCUGGUGUGUUGGGAUUCUCCAGUAGACAAAAGUGUACUAUGGCUUUGCGGAUGUUGGCUUAUGGAGGUCCAGCAAAUUUUCUAGAUGAAGGUCUGCGUAUGGGAGAAAGCACAGUCCUUCAAACUAUCAAGGAGUUUGCUAAAACAGUCCUUCAAACAUUUUUCUGCUUAGCUUGUUUCUUCCCUCCUCUGGAUGGCAGUAGUGAUUCCUCAGACGUCAAAUGAAAUUGGGAAGACCUAGCUGAUGUAUCCCCUUCAUCCAUGUUGUACUGCACACACACAACAGCAGUAGUAAUUUGUAACAUAUGCAACAUCAGGGUAGCAAGGUUAAUUUGCUAAUAUUCUUCCAAUCCUACCUCAA